CUGACGUCACUUCCGGACCGGUUCCGAUUGGCGGGGCGGGAGGGCCGAACGGGCCAGGUUGGGCUGCCGAGCUGCUCGGCGGCGGUGAGGCCAAAUAGGUGCAUCAUGUGUAUCUAAUCCAAGAGUCCUGUGCUUCUGCACCUGAGUGCCCAGGUCUUGCCCACUGCCCUGGAAAGCCCAAGACUCAGGCAAUGGCAGCCUUGUUCCUGUCUGCCCCACCCCAGACUGAGGUGACCUUCGAGGACGUGGCUGUGCUCCUCUCCCGGGAGGAAUGGGGCCGCCUGGGCCCUGCUCAAAGGGGCCUCUACAGGGAUGUGAUGCUGGAGACCUACGGGAACUUAGUCUCACUGGGAGUAGGACCUGCAGGCCCCAAGCCUGGAGUGAUCUCACAGUUGGAGCGAGGGGAUGAGCCCUGGGUCCUGGAUGUGCAGGGCACUUCUGGGAGAGAGUACCUGAGAGUCAACAGCCCAGCUGUUGGGACCAGCACUGAAUACAAGGAGUUGACUUCAUGGGAGACAUUUGACGAGGAAGAACUGGGCCAACUGAAGGGGAUUUUCCCCCAGGGAUCUGAGCCAGUAGAUGCCUCUAAUCAUGCCAGGAAGCCAGAGGGGAACCUGGAAAAGCUGGUGGAGCAAACCAAGCCAAUCACCCUGACCAAAGGGGAGAGCAGCAGAGAGUCUGGGGAAAGCCUCAGGUUGGUGUCAAGACCUGUUCCCGACCAGAGACCCCACAAAUGUGAUAUAUGUGAGCAAAGUUUUGAACAGAGAUCAUAUCUCAACAACCAUAAGCGUGUACACAGGUCAAAAAAAACAAAUACAAUUCGUGAUUCUGGGGAAAUCUUCAGUGCAAACUUAGUUGUUAAAGAAGAUCAGAAAAUUCCUACUGGGAAAAAAUUGCAUUAUUGUAGUUACUGUGGGAAAACAUUCAGGUACAGUGCCAACCUUGUCAAGCAUCAGCGGCUUCACAGUGAAGAGAAGCCCUACAAAUGUGAUGAGUGUGGAAAAGCCUUCAGCCAGAGCUGUGAGUUCAUCAAUCACCGAAGGAUGCACUCAGGAGAGAUUCCCUACCGGUGCGAUGAAUGUGGGAAGACAUUCAAUCGGAGGCCCAACCUCAUGAAGCAUCAAAGGAUUCACACUGGGGAGAAACCCUACAAGUGUGGUGAGUGUGGGAAACACUUCAGCGCCUACUCUUCCCUUAUUUAUCACCAGAGAAUCCACACUGGAGAGAAACCCUAUAAAUGUAAUGACUGCGGGAAAGCCUUCAGCGAUGGCUCAAUCCUCAUCCGACAUCGUCGGACUCACACUGGAGAGAAGCCAUUUGAGUGUAAGGAAUGUGGCAAAGGCUUUACACAAAGCUCUAACCUCAUCCAACAUCAGAGAAUUCAUACUGGAGAGAAACCCUAUAAAUGUAAUGAAUGUGAGAAAGCUUUCAUUCAAAAAACCAAACUUGUUGAACAUCAGAGAAGCCACACUGGAGAGAAGCCCUAUGAAUGUAAUGACUGUGGAAAAGUUUUCAGCCAGAGCACACACCUCAUCCAACAUCAGAGAAUCCACACAGGAGAGAAGCCCUACAAGUGCAGUGAGUGUGGGAAGGCCUUCCACAACAGUUCCAGACUCAUUCACCACCAAAGGUCGCACCAUGGAGAGAAACCUUACAAAUGCAGUGAUUGCAAGAAAGCCUUCAGCCAGAGUACUUACUUGAUUCAGCACCGGAGGAUCCACACCGGAGAGAAACCCUACAAGUGCAGUGAGUGUGGGAAGGCCUUCCGGCACAGUUCCAACAUGUGUCAGCAUCAGAGGAUUCACCUCCGGGAGGACUUCUCCAUGUAAUCGGAGCAGUGUCUGAGGGCAGAGUCCAGUUGAGUACUUCCUGCAUGCGCCCCCAGCACCUGACUCUGCCCUUUAUUGAUUAUCCACACAAUGUUUUCACAGGUAAAAGAGCAUUUCUAAUUAAAGAAACCCCUUUUCUUAAAUCAAAAGCAGUGCAUGUUCAUUUUAGAGAAAUUGAGAGAGAAAAGUAAGCAAAAAAGAAGCUCCUGUAAUCUCUCCCACUUAGAAAAAAUAUUCAUUGCUGCUGAUUUAGAAUGUUUUCUUUCAGACAUACUGGAGAGCAUUUAAAAAAUACUGUAAUGCUUGUCACGCUAUUUUCUCAAUAUCAGAAAAUUCACACUGAAGAUAACACCACAUAUUGGAACAUUUUUACAUGUUGUAAAUUUAAAAACUUACCAGCCUGGCAUGGUGGCUCAUGUCUGUAAUCCCAGCAUUUUGGGAGGCUAAGUUGGGUGGAUCACUUGAGGUCAGGAGUUUGAGACCAGCCUGGUCAAUAUGGUGAAACCCUGCCUCUACUAAAAAUACAAAAACCAGCCGGGUGUGGUGGCGGGCACCUGUAAUCCUAGCUACUCAGGGGGCUAAGGUAGGAAAAUUGCUUGAACCUGGGAGGGAGAGGUUGCAGUGAGUCAAGAUUGUGUCACUGCACUCCAGCCUGGGUGAUAGAGCGAAACACUGUCUUAAAAAAUAAAUAAAUAAAACAAUCAUAUCAUUUAUACUUGUUAUGUUAAUAGAGUUGAAGUUGCCUUUUUUAUUGUGGUGAAACAAUGUGAAAUUUACAAUUUUAACCAUUUUUAAGUGUACAAUUCAGAGGCAUUAAGUACAAUCAUGGUGUUGUGUAACCAUCACCACGAUGUAUUUCCAGAACUGUUUUAUUAUUCCGAACAGAAACUGUAUCUGUGAAACAGUAACUCUAUUUCCCCCUUCUCCCCGCUGCUGGUAAACGCAAUUCUAUUUUCUGUCUCUUUGAAUUUGUCUAUUUUAGGAGCAUAAAUAUGUGUGGAAUCAUGUAA